AUGAGAACUUUGAGGGGGUUCAGCGAUGCCAUCAGCUCUGUGUACCGAGACAUCUUUGCCCAGGAGUUGCCACCGUUGCGUCAAAUCACGUCUGACGAACACAAGGACGAAAGCAAAGCAAUGAUGUACGAACGAACCUUGCCGACCAAGCAUGUUUGUGCACUGCUGGUGCAUGCACUGACACAGUCGAAGGCUACGCAGGUCUCGUUCGAGCAGCACAGACGCACGAGUGGCAUUGUUUUCCAGUUGCUGCAGAGUCUCUGCGUCAGCCGCUCUGGAGGCCGGCUGACAAUCCGGCAUUUGGGCACAGGUGCUCCACUUACUGUUGCUGCCAACAACGUUUUCAGCUCGGAGGAUGUUUGGGCAGAGUCUGUUCGGGCCGUGCUGGAAGAGGAGUGGAUGGCCCACUGUGCUGACAGCACGAGGUUUUGGCACAGGUCCACGCACGGCACAAUGACCAUUCCAGAAUUUGUGUUAUUUGGGCUGGAUGGGCAUGGUUCCUUGAAGCGCUUUUCUUUCCUCAGGAUGGCCGCGCAGGAUUUGUUGAAGCAGUGCUUCGCUGCACUGACUCACUCAUGUCUCAUGGAGCUAAGCCGGCCGACGUCUUUGUCAAGCGGCCCGGCACAGCUGGGCACCACCACCAAGGUUCGCAAGGGGGCUGCAGUGAAAGCUUACUUCGACGCAUGCGAGAUGGUUGCUUCGGGUGAUGAGCUUGACUUGGACAUGAUCAAGGAGCUGAUGGAGCCCGAGUACCAGCUCUAUCCGCUGUACGUUGCUGCGGCGGACUCUGGGCACGCAGGUGUUAGCAGAGACCGGCUCUAUGUUAUCAUGCGGCACGUGAGCACGACGGAUUGUCUCUACGAUCCUUUGGACUUGUAUGUCUACAUCCGGCAACACAUCACGGAGCGUGUUGCGACACAGCCCUGUGACUACAUGAUUGGCAGCGACGAGGAAGUGCAAUUGGAGGCGAUGUCAGUAGCCAGCGUGCGCGGAAUUGUCUAUGUUCCCGGAGAAAGAAACCUGCGGUAUCUUCUGAAUGACCGCGAGAAGACGAACUUGCAGAAAGCGUGCCAAGUCUACUGGGAGCGAUUCCAGAGAGACCCCUGGCAGGAUCCAAAUCUCGCGAUCUUCCUGGGAGAUAACGUGGAUUACUCCCUCUGCUGGUCUGCCAUCAGCAAACGGAUUCCAGCCUUCCGGCUGAACCAAGGGAAGACUUUCUUCCCCUUCUUCCGCAGAUGGAUGUGUGCGUCGGAGCGGCUUGCGGCACUUGGCAUGCCUGUGCGUCCAGAGGUCGCGGAGGGCAUGGGAGUUCCCAAGCUUCCUGUCCGUGACAUUCACAGAGCGAACCAGCUGGCCGGUAAUUGCAUGAUGCUGCCCACAGUAGCCCUUGUACAGCUUGUGGCUUUGUCUUGCGUGGCGUCGAAGAAGGCCACAGGAAGCAGGUACUAG